CAGUUUUCCUCGACAUCGCACGCUCAUCGAGAAUCAAGUGCGACAUGUGUGGCAAACCAUCAUCUACUGUUCCCACCACACCCCCGGUAGCUGUCAUCAAUGGCUGUCGUUCUGCUGUCUCCCACCCACCACUGGAACCAGAGUAUCAUCGUCCUCGUGCCUUGCGACUCCCCAGAUCCAUAACCACCUCUAAUUGCUUUUGCAAAAGUCUACACGUCGUUGAUCUUGAUAUUCGACCUCCUUCAAGUUGUUGACCAGUCUCUACUGUGAACCUUGUUUCCUCCUGUCCGUCUACUUGUUCCGAAUUUGUCGCAAUAUCUAGACCGUUCGUCACGAUCUCUUACCGGGUUUUUGCGUCCUUUAAUUCUUCGGUCUCGAGAUGUUACAGCAACCCUUUUGAACUUGACCGAGACUGUUUCCGAUUCACAGCAACCGUCAACUGUGAACACUCUUCCUAGUACACCGUUGAAGGAUACAACCUCGGCCACGGCCGCAUCAUUGGAUGAUAAGAGAGCGGAAUAAAUGCAAGCCUUCAUCACAUGGAGACGAGACAUCCUCGAACCUGAAUGGUACCCCGAAGCAUACGAGAGAGGAGGACCCGUCGGGACCACGAAAACGAUCACAUCAUAGUCUCCCUUCACCAUUCGCGCAAAUGAGUGGUGAUGGAGACCCUUCCGAGACGAAGGCCGGUGCGUACGACGCUCACGACGAUGCUCGAGCCAUUGUCAAGUUAUUCCAAUGCUCUCAGUGCUCUUACCCUUUGAGAGACCCCAUGACCUUACCCUGUGGCAAUUCACUUUGCAAGCCAUGUUUACCGCCGCUAUAUAGACGAGAAAACAUCACAUAUCCUUUGGUGGAGGGGCGGUCGGAGGGGUUUUUGUGCCCGUUCAAAGGUUGCGGCUUGGAGCACUCGGUGGGAGAUUGCGGAACAGACGUGACACUGAACAAGAUCAUGCAUGUCAUCAAAACCUACAUUGCCAACUACAAGACGGACUCGACUGUACUACCGCUGCUGCUGGAAGAGAAGUUGCAAUGGCCAAGUGUGAGGGACAGCGCGAUGGACGUCAUGCCUCGAUCACGUGUUCUUAAUGGCGGACGUAUCGUUGCAACAUAUGUUCUGGCAGAUAUGGGUGAACUGCAUUAUCAUUCCGACGUCGCUUACAUCCCGAUCGAUGUGACUACCGAAGAAGAUUCGAUAAGAGCAUUGGACGUGGCGAGCUUAGCGACCAUGAAGGAGCUGAUCCAAGGCGAACUGGAGUGUCAAGUCUGUUAUCAGGUUAUGCUGGAUCCACUGACAACGACCUGCGGACACACUUUCUGCCGGAAGUGCUUCGCCCGCGCAAUGGACCAUGCCAAUUAUUGUCCAAUGUGUCGUCGUCGACUACCAUUGUUGCCAAGUGUUGUUGGCGAACCGAGCAACAAGAGAAUUAGUUUCCUCCUUCAGCACAUACUGACCGAUCAGCUGGCUGCACGAAUGGUUAUUGCCGAGCAGGAAGAUGCGAUUGACGAAGAGGCACAACUUCCACUGUUUCCCUGCACGUUGGCCUACCCGCAGAUGCCAACUUUCCUGCACAUCUUCGAGCCACGCUAUCGGCUUAUGAUAAGAAGGGCCAUGGCUAGUGGUUCAAGGAAAUUCGGAAUGCUCAUGUACAGACAAUAUGGCGUGGCUCCCGGAGAACCUCCCUUCAUGCCGUUUGGUACUGUCUUGUUCAUCGAGCGUAUCGAAUUGCUACCCGAUGGCCGCAGUAUGAUUGAAACUCGUGGCCUGUACAAGUUCCGCGUCAUUGAAGCUUCCAUGCACGAUGGCUAUCUCGUCGGCCGAGUACAACGAAUUGAUGAUAUUCCUGUACACGAAGAAGAAUUCAUUGAAUCUCAAGAGACGAGCACAACAGUACCCCCGGACGCAGACGAGCACGUCCAAAUUCAACACAUGCCGACACAAGGUCUGCUGGAUAUGGUUCUGGAAUUUGUGGAACGAGCCCGGGACCAGUCGGCACGAUGGCUUCACCAAAGAGUGCUGGCCGCCUAUGGUCAACCUCCGAUAGAUCCGGCAGUGUUUCCCUAUUGGCUUGCAAGUGUGCUGCCAAUAGCAGAGAUGGAGAAAUAUCUGCUACUACCGGCAACCAGCGUGAGGGAACGGUUAAAAAUCACGGCGGGGUGGGUGCAGAGAUUGGAAGAAGCAAGGCAGUAAGUUUACCAUCUCUUUACCCCCCUUUCUUCUGGGAGUUGGAAGGCCAUGUCGCCUGACGUCGUAUGCCUGAAGCGAAUUCGAAGCGGACCAGCUGGCAGCAGCCAGACCUCGUGAAGAAGAUGCGAACACCGACGAGCAUAACUCGUCAGAACAAGAACACUGACUAUGACCGGCCCGAUUUGCCUCGGCGACAUCCACUGAGACGAAUCAAAUUUCACCAUGACUGACAGGCGAAUGUGGAGUGGUGGCUGCGCAAGACACAGAUCAACAACUAACUUCUUCUCACUCUGACAGGCAGCAACCUUCCUCAUGUAUUGUUUUAUGACUAGCCGUGGUCAUCGGCAUUGUGGUGUCAUCACUUUUCUUGUGCAGGAUACGGCCAUUAUUGUUUCUCUACGAAACCUCGGUUAUUCGGCCUCGUGUCAUUAGCAAGGGCGACGAGCAAGCGAGUCCAUUUGUUGUCUACAUUUCCAAGGCGUUCGUAUCUGGGGACUUGUGGUUCUGGGCGGCCUAAGGGUGAUGAUACCCCGAAUGAUUUGAAUGUAUACACCCAAGACGCGCUAUCAGGCACAUCGCAUAUGGUGGAGCUGGGCAGACGUGAGCGAAAGAGAUUUGUUCUCGUCAUCACGCUAGAAAUAUGCCUUUUGAUUUUAUUAUGAACCGUUCGUCUCGAACACCUGACUCUAUGCUGGAUGACCCCAGCUGGGCUUCAUCCUGCGUCGUCGUACUUCGGGAGCAGAUGGAAUAACCCGCAAGGCUGCGCAAGGCUGAGGAUUAAAUGACGUCAGAUGUUGAUGUUGAUGUUCCUGCG